AAGGCAGACAAUCUCGAGAGUGCUGUGAGUAGAAAAAUCCAAUUGAGCUCAUUCAUACAUCAGCAGUCAAUGUGAAAGCAAGUAAAAAAUUUUACUGAACAGAAAUUUAAAAAAUCACGCAAAAGCGAAAUCUCUAAAGUAAACAUCACAACGAGAACAUUUAAAUGAAAAUUUGUACACAAUUUUGAGUGUAACUUCACUAAAAUUCUGCCAAUAAAAAUUGUGAAAUUUAUAAAACUGAGACAUUUGAUCAAAGUGAAGAAGAAGACAAUUUAUUGAUCAUUUUAUUAAUCUUUUGAUAUACCGAAAUCAAAAAUGGUAUUGGCUACAGAAAUCAUGUUGCCUCCAAGAAGAAAUUCAUUCAAUGGAGCUGAUUCUCCUCCAAAGUCACCCACAAAAAGUAAUUGGUGGUUCUUCACCUCUAAAUUGAAGUCAGCUACUACCUAUGGCGGAAGCACACACACAGUUGCAACACAGAAACUACGCGAAUCUAAAUGGUUUAAUCAAGAUGAAGAGCGACUAUAUUGUGCAGUUAUUGAGACAGGGUUUAUCGUUGAAAUAAUGCAUCAUGAACAACACAACGAAGAAAAUAAAUCACAUUACGGCGUUGUAAGCGUUGAACCUAAAAAAAACAAGAAACCUACCGCUAAUGAUAUCUUCGUAUACACUGUGAACAAAUGUGAGAACCGGUUGAAAGUCAUAAAGGUUAGCACCAAGGAGCUUUGGGAGCAAAAUUACAAAAUCCGUAUCAACAAUUUAAAUGACAAACACAAAAAAACAAAUUCUGAGAAAGAAAUCAAGAGCCAGAUCAAUUACGCUAUCAAACACAAAACCGUCUUCCACAACAGCUUACAUUUUGUCGACUUCUGCAGAUAUGGCGAACAGUUAGAAGAGCGAAAACGUCAAGUAUCAGAAUCUGUGAAAUGGGGAUCUGUCGGAAUGAAUGCUGGCAUUUUCCUUCUCACUCGAGAAAAGAGUCAUUCGUUCUCGAAAUAACAAGCCAAGAUGAUAAACCUCCAUGGGUGAAACGUGACCAAAGUGCAUUUUUGAUAAUUUAUAUUUUACAAAUAAGAUUAAGAUUCUUUCGUAAUAUAAGAUGACCUUUACUUUAUUUAAUGAGAAAUACCUACUAUCAAAAAUAUUUGUUAUUUAAAUAUAAGAGUUAAAGGUAACGUGUUUGUACGUUGUCGAGAAGAGUGUAAGAUUGUUGGAAUUAUAUGAAUAGCGAAAAUGAUAAAGUUCUAAAGCGGACAAACAAACGUAUUAUCUUAUUUAAUUAAAAUCACUAUGUGAAUUUGUUAAUUGAACUGUUUUUCUUUACAGAGCUCUAAGAGAGGAAAAAUAAAAUAUAGAAUAAGCAUUUGGUUUUUUGAAGUCAGGUCUG